AGAUCAUCAUGGACAUACUCUCUCUUUCAGUUGACCUCUCUCUCACGUGGAUGUCAUUGAAAGCGGUUGUCCCCUAACCCUGAUGGAAAACGUAGCUUUACCUCCCACAUAGCACAGAAUGGCUGCUCCAUAGAGAAUGGCUCACAACACCUCCUCCUCCCUCCCUCCCCACCAUAUUCUCACUAUACUCCUCACUUAGUCCAGCGUUAGCACUGCCACCAUCGACUGCACAAGCUCGACUAAUGUCCAGAAACGCUGACUCAUGCCUGAUGCUUGCAAUUUUACCACAGUCAUUCAUUGGAGAAAUUGUGAAAACUGCGGUACUGUGUGUGGGAAUGUAUGUUUGGCACUGACAUGGGUUUGUUUCCAGUAAAGAGUUUAAUACAAAUCUAAGCCUUAUUGGGCCAUGCUUGCAUUUUUUCUGUAUGUUUUGAAAUGCAGAUGUGCGGUAAGUUUAAUGUGACAUUUUGCUUGCGUUUGCUUUGGGUACCUUUUGGGCAGAGCCAGCCUAGCUGUUGUUGCUAAGCUAAUCGUCGCCUGCUAGUAGCAUGAUAUUUAAUGGACGAAUAGUAGUUUUUAUGUCAACUACAUAUAAACAAUGGCUAUAACUCAAUAUGAAAUCAGUCGUCUGUCCUUUUUUUGAUAAGGUUAAAUCAAAAAUAGUUUCCUGUACAGUACUUUCGAUUCAGGAUAGUAAAAAGAACCCCUAUUUUUUUUUAACUUGUUCUUUGACUUUAUUCGACAGUAUUUUUACAGUAUCACACAGUUAUGUAUAGGAUUGUCCUAACUCUUAAAUGAAGCUACAUGAUGAGUUAAAUAAUCUAAAAACUGUGUUAUACAUCAUUUUGUACAUAUUUCCUUAUUAUUUGUAACAUAUUUAGUAUUUUGAAACUAAAGGGGGUUCGAACAAUGUUUGGCUGCACAGCAUGAUCCUGCUUGUUGAGGGGCUGAUUCUGUUCAUGUGGUAGAUUUGGGUAAUUUUUGCUAUUUUACAGCUAGAAUUCACUAGAUUUCAUAUGAAGGAUGAGCUUAAUACUCCGCGGUGUGUCGAAAGGUCAUGUGGCUCUUGACAUGUGACGGCCUCUCUUCUCUCUCUCAGCCCCUGGUGAAGCAGGACAGCCUGGACACGUACAACGAGCGGGACCCCUUUAAGAACGAUGACGCCCGGGACGAGGAGGAGGACCCCGAGGACACGGACAGCGGCAUCGAGGGAGAGGUGGACCCCUUGGACCGUGAUGUCAUCAUCCAGCCCCCACCUCCACCACCUCCCCUCAGACCCCCCACAGAGAAGGUCAACUUACCCAAAGGCCUCCCCUGGGCCCCUAAAGUCAGGGAGAAAGACAUCGAGCACUUCCUGGAGACCAGCCGUAACAAGUUUAUCGGUUUCACUCUGGGGAACGACACAGACACCCUGGUGGGCCUUCCCAGACCCAUCCAUGAGAGCGUGAAGACCCUUAAACAGCACAAAUAUGUAUCCAUCGCAGAGGUCCAGAUCCAAAAGGAGGACGAGCUGCAGCAGUGUCCGAUGACUCUGGGGGAGGAGGAGGUGGAGGAGACCCCAACAGAGAUGCUGUAUCUGGGCAUGCUGCCUAACCUCUCCCAGUAUGUGAUUGCCCUCCUGAAGCUGCUGCUGGCUGCAGCUCCAACCUCCAAAGCCAAAACGGACUCCAUAAACAUCUUGGCUGAUGUUCUGCCUGAGGAGAUGCCUAUCACAGUCCUUCAGAGCAUGAAGCUGGGAAUUGAUGUGAACCGCCACAAGGAAAUCAUCGUCAAGGCCAUCUCUGCUCUGCUGCUGCUGCUCCUCAAACACUUCAAACUCAACCAUAUCUACCAGUUCGAGAUUGUCUCCCAGCAUCUGGUGUUUGCCAACUGUAUCCCACUCAUCCUUAAGUUCUUCAACCAGAACAUCAUGUCCUAUAUCAGUGCCAAAAACAGCAUAUGUGUGCUGGACUUCCCUAACUGUGUGGUCCAUGAGAUGCCUGAGCUCACUGCUGAGAGCCUGGAAGCAGGAGACAGUAACCAGUUCUGCUGGAGGAACCUGUUUUCAUGCAUCAAUCUGCUGAGAAUAUUAAACAAGCUGACCAAGUGGAAACACUCCAGGACGAUGAUGCUGGUGGUGUUCAAGUCGGCCCCCAUCCUGAAGAGAGCUCUGAAGGUGAAGCAGGCCAUGAUGCAGCUCUACGUCCUCAAGCUGCUGAAGAUCCAGACCAAGUACCUGGGCCGCCAGUGGAGGAAGAGCAACAUGAAGACCAUGUCGGCCAUUUAUCAGAAGGUCCGCCACAGGCUCAACGACGACUGGGCCUACGGGAACGAUAUCGACGCUCGUCCCUGGGACUUCCAGGCGGAGGAGUGCGCGCUGCGGGAGAGCAUCGAGAAGUUCAACAGCCGCCGCUACGACAAGAACAAGAACUGGGAGUUUGCGCCCGUGGACAACUGCCUGCAGAGCGUGCUGGGCCAGAGGGUAGAGCUGCCCGAGGACUUCCACUACAGCUACGAGAUGUGGCUGGAGAGGGAGGUCUUCUCACAGCCCAUCCAGUGGGAGGGGCUGCUGCAGAAUCCAUGAUGGAGGGCAGGGAGUGGGGGGCGGGGUGUAGAGAGAGGUGAAGCCUAUUGGAGGUGUUUUUAGGGUGUUUCCUUACUGCAAAACUGGAAGUAGAAGGAGGAAGGAGCAGGGAUGGGGGUUAUACUUCACAUGAGUGAUGGAGGAAUGGGGGAGGGGGAAGAAUCUAGAGAUGGAGAAACUAGAGAUGGAGAAGCCAUCACACAGGCUAUGCAGGCUUGAGAGAAAAAUGGAAGAUGAAGGGAAAUUUGACGAAUGAAUGGAGCAUCCUACUGUGAGCCAAACACACACAGACACACACUCGAUGUUAACAUGUGCCUAUGACUACUGUGAACACACACGGACAGGCAAGAACAGAGGUAGCAGCUAAUAAGACGUAGCAGGAGACGGCCAGUUAUACUGCCCCCCCCUGAACAAAUUAUGUCACCACUUUGUCUAUUUAUAUGUCCCCCUUUUUAAAACGUUGGUGCUUUUUUGACAAUUGCUUCCUAUUAAUUUUGUGCGGCCAAUUAAGGUGAUUUCUAAUCGGUUUUUAUUUUUUUUAAUUUUUACACAAAGCCUACUGUAGGUAUCUGGGUGUAGUUGAUGGAUUUUUCUUAAGCAUUUUAUAGAAAAAAAAGGGCCUUUUUGGAAGAAAAACCACAGGGGGAUUUUCAUGGUUAAAACGUAGAAGUGGGAUCUAUCUCCACCGAUGGCUUAGUGAUUUUACAUAAUAUGUCAAGAAAUAUACCAGCUGUUAGUGUAUGGGUUUGUUUGUGAAUGUAAAAAUUAUGUAGGUGAAGAAAGAAAAAAAUAGUACAUGAAAAUAGGAAGAAGUUGGAAACCGAAUAUACAUUUUCUGCAGGAAUCUGAUAUCUUUUUAAAAAUAGAAACUUAUAUAUAAUCGUUAAUAUUCCAGAAAUCUAAUAGGGACUUCAAAAUCCAGAAAUCACAAAUCUAUAAUCACUGAUGUCAUCCAGGAUUCACUUAUCAAACCUAAGAAUGGUUAUGGUCCCAUAGAAAAAACAGUGGGGUGUUUUGUGCGCUGGAUUGGUUUACAAGAUGCACAUUUGCCCCAAAAACUUCACCUUUUUUAAGUAUUUUUCUCUUUUAAAAUCGAAAAAUAUUAUUCGGAUAAAUUUGAGAUCUCACAUUUGUAGUCACCUGUAAAGGGUAAUUUCUGAGUAUGGGGACUACCCUGAGUUUUUAUAUGGAACCAUGCUAAGCUAACCAAACCUCAUUAAUGAUCAGAAUAACCAACAAUCCUGACUCCACCCCCCUCUGAACAACAGCACAAUUACCCACAGUCCUCCUUGGUGGUGGCCUUGGUGAGCACGUUGCCACCCUUUGCUUACACAGCUGACACAAUAAUGGUGCUGUUUUUUCUUAUUCGUCUUCACUGUAUAUGUCGCUUACGUCUAACUACCUAAAGCGGGGCUCCAGAGUUCGGAGCUCUGGAUAGAUUCUGAAAAACUGAAGCACAGAAAACAAAAAAAGCAUGGUCGCCUUUCUUUCAUGUCACUCACACUCGGUUCAGAUUGAAGUGCAGUCAUUUAUUAGCUCUGUAGAGAACAAUGAUUUUGUCUAUGUGCAUGGCCACUGUUUGUACCUGGUCACAUUUUAAAUGUGUGGAAUGGCUUCUUUUUUGUUGUCUAAUGAUGUUUCCAGCACAAUUAGAAAAGUGUACUUGUUUCUUCUCGUAUAAAAAUAUUAUUCUGUACUAAAUAGAUUCUCAGGUUUAUGGAGAUAAUAUAUUGCAAAAGUUUUUAAGCUUCCUUGCCAUCAUCUAGCUCAUGACAUGUAGUGAUGAAGACACUUUGAUCAUCACAUUCGUAUAUGAAAAUACACCUGAAGCACUAAACAUAUACUGCACAGGAUGUACUACACAAUAACUCAUCGUGAGUUUGUAUUCAUGUCAGCGACAUUUCAUGUUGGGAUGUAUUUUUUUGUAUCUUGUGCCAAAUUUCAAUGCCAUUUUUUAUUUCAUCGUCGUUGCCUCCAUGAUUAUAUUUUUUUCCUUCACUCAACCACUGAAGGUUUGCAAUACAAAAAAAUGUUUUUUUUCUACAGGAAAAUUGUACAAUCAAUGAAAGUAGUUGUUUCUUGUAUCUGGUACUGUAUUUUACCAGGGGUGUUACGCAUUGUAUGGGUGUUACUACAGUAUCUGUGUUUUUUUUGUUACACACAUUUCCAUAUCUGUAUAGUCUUGAAAAAAAUAAAAUACUGGAUCUGUUCUGGGGUAUGUGCAAUUACAGAUUCAUAGAGGCAUUAUUUAAUAGAAUGACAAAGUACACUGAGAGUUGCUUAUUAAAUAAUGUUGAAGAGUU